UCACUGCAAAUUUGGAAUCUUCUCUCUUUCUCUCUCUCUCUCUCUCUCUCUCUCUCUCUCUCUCUCUCAAAAUAAAAGUCAAAUCCCACUCAAAAAGUCAACGCAUCACUGAAAAUCCAGACAUGGAUCAAGAUUCUUUCUUACAUUUUCACCAUCUCAAGGGUUCUUAUAUUGAAUACUGAAGCAAAAAAAUGGUGAAGUUUCUGCUUAUUAUUAUUAUUAUUAUUAUUAUUAUUAUCUGUGUUCUAAUAUGUUGUGGAAGUGGAAGCCUAGUGAGAUCUGAUACUGAAAAUCACAGCUAUAAAGCUGGAGAUCCUGUUCCUUUAUAUGUUAAUAAAGUUGGUCCCUAUCAAAAUCCCAGUGAAUCAUACAGCUAUUUUGAUCUACCAUUCUGUCAACCAGAUAAUUUCAAGAAGAAAAAUCGAACUUUGAGUGAGUUGUUGAGUGGAGAUAAUCUCAUCAAGGCUCCAUAUGAACUUGAGUUUUUAGUUGAAAAAAGGCUUGAAAUUGCUUGUUCCAAAACCUUAACAAAGGAAGAAGUUUCUCAGUUUAGAGAAGCAAUCAAAAGAAAUUACUACUUCCAAAUGUACUAUGAUGACUUGCCAAUCUUGGAAUCUAUAGGAGAGAGUUACAACAGAGGCAUUAUUACUGAUAUGGAUAACUACACAUUUAUACUUCACACAUACAUUCAAUUUGAAAUUCUUUUCAACAAGGACCGAGUAAUCGAAAUCAAGAUUCAAUUCAUCCCCGGAUUAGGAAAAGACAUAACUGAGGACAAGGAAAAGUGUGUAGACUUUGUUUACAAUGUAUAUUGGAAGGAAGUUGACACUGCAUUUGACAAGAGAAUGGAGAAGUACUUAGUUGCUCCAUCACGGUGCAAUCACAUCGAGUUCAAUUGGUUUGCAAUUAUAAAUACAUGCGAAUCACUAAUCGUCGCGAUUGGUAUCCUUCUGAAACUUUACUUUCAUGCUCUUAAGAAGGAUUUUUCUGAGAGGUUGCAUUAUAAAGAAUUGAAUAACAAUUACCAACAUGAAAGAAGAUGGAAGUGUAUUCUAGAUGAUGUAUUUACAUUACCAGCUCACAAGUCAUUGCUUGCUGCAGCACUUGGUUCUGGUACUCAAUUGUUUACACUUACCAUGGUCAUUCUCAUACUUGGGGUAAUUGGUAUGUUUUAUCCGUACAACCGAGUACCCUUAUUGACUGCAUUGAUAAUUACAUACACAAUAACUUCUAGUGUUGCUGGAUACACUGCAACUUCAGUUUACUGUUAUUUUGGAGGAACAAACUGGUUGAGGAAUUUACUCCUAACAGGAUGCCUUUUUACUGGACCUCUUCUCUUUACAUUUUGCCUUCUUAACUCAAUAGCCUCUACUUACAAGGCAUCUAUAGCUCUUCCUUUAAACACAAUCAUAAAGUUUGUUCUUGUUUGGAUGUUCUUUGCUACCCCAUUGUAUCUUUUGGGUGGAUUUAUUGGAAAAAGUUCCCAAACUGAGGUUCAAGCUCAAUCCCAAAAUAACAAGGAUGAGCUAAAAGCUUCAUUAACUGGGGUAAAAGCCAGUCGAAAAAUUCUAAAGGUACCGCGGUUCAUGUGUUAUCUUCCUCAGAUGGCAUUGGCUGGGAUAUUUCCUUUUAGUGCGAUUUGCGUUGAGCUUUCGUCAGUGGUUUAUAGCUUGUGGGGUUAUGAGAAUUACACUCAGUACAAGUUUCUGUUUGUAACCUUCAUUCUUCUUCUAAUCAUCACUGCUUUAAUCAAUGUGGGCUUGAUUUGUUGCAAGAUUGUUUCUAAAGAUCACAAAUGGUGGUGGAGGUCAUUUGUGUAUGGUGGAUCAAUUGGAUUGUAUGUUUAUGGGUUUUGCAUACAUUACUUAUUGUAUAAGAGAUCAGAUAUGUUAGGUUCCUUACAACUCUCAUUCUUCUUAGGAUACAUGGCUUGCAUUUGCUAUGCCCUUUUCUUGAUGUUUGGUAGUGUUGGUUUCUUAGCCUCUUAUCUCUUUCUUCGCCAAAUUUACAAUUCUCUUCAUUACUCAAAAACUUGAUAUAGCUGAUGACAUGAGAUGAGAUAAUUGUAUUACAUCUUUUUAUUAUUAUUACUAUUAUUAUUAUGUAUUUUGGUGAGAUAAAUUGAUAGUGUAUUAGGUAUUCGGGGUAUUCAUCCAAUUUAAUUCGUACUAUUUUAUUCAAA